ACCGUAUCUGGGCUGUGAGCCAACCGGCGCUGUUGGUUGCAAUUACAUAGCAUCUAGAAGUAUUGUUGAGGCGGUGGCAGAGGACCCCGCUGGGAUCAGGAGUCAUUUUUAGGUUUCCCAAUUUUUUCUUUCUGUAUCACCGUGUAUUGUUCUUUCUCUUUUUGAGACACGUUCCUCCAAACCCUUGAGGGUCAUCAUAUCAUACCUCUGCAUGGGAUAUUCAGAUUCGUGUUAAUCAUUCAGAUGAAUACAAAGUAGUCAGGAUAGCUAGAUAGAUAGGUGGGGAGUACAUACAAAUUUAUUCGUCUUCCAGACAUCCUUGUUCAGCUGACGAUAACCCACCAAUAAUACCUAAUUAAACAACAAAUCCCAAGACUCAUUGGGACUUGCCCUAUGCAUGAAUGACAGUAAUGGAUAGGUAUGAUUCGGGGAUGUUUUCUUUUUUACUUUUUCUGUUUUUCUCUUUCUAUUUUCGUGGCCUUCUGCAUUGCAUCAUUUGAGGCAUUUUCCUCUGGUAUGCAUUGUGUUCAACCUUCCAAGAGCAGACUAAAGUUGCCAGGGCGUCUUUUACAGGCCUAGACGCCUACUAGGUACCCUAGUAACAUCGACGAUAACACAUUAGCGUUUCGUGAUACUACGAAUUAGCGUCUAUGAAAAGGUCAGCUCAGACCCCAAAGGCAAG